AUGGAUUACCUACGUAAGAUUGGUGCAUAUCUUGCACCGCCCCCACCAAAGUCGGAUGACGGACGUGAUCAAUGGCCCUCGCGUGCAGCCUUCCUUCUUGCUGCCAUGGGCGGCUGUGCUGGACAAGGAAAUCUCCUUCGAUAUCCCUCCGUGGUUUACAACAACUAUGGACUGCAAUGGUUCAUUCCGUACCUGCUGGCCGUAUUCCUCAUCGCCAUCCCUGCCCUGAUCCUGGAAGUCUCCAUAGGCCAAGCUUACCGAGGAGGCACCGUCAUCGCAUUCAACAACAUGAACAGACGGUUAAAGGGGGUUGGAAUGGGACCAGUCAUUGUGUCCUUCAUAGUCGUUCAGUACUUCACCGUCAAUCUCGCGUGGAUCAUGAGUUACUUUCGCCAUAGCUUCACAAGCCCCUUGCCAUGGGAAAACCGGAUCGAACAGUUUUACUGGAACGACGUGCUUCGUGUCGGCAAUAUCACCGAAGGGGGUCUGACCGAAGACGGCAAGAGUGUGGCAGCAUAUGUCGGUUAUUCCAACGUAUCUUUGAUCGGUGAAACUGUCGGCUGGAGCAUCUUUGUCUGGUUCCUGAUUUGGGUCUCCAUAUUCCGUGGGGUCGGAAUGACUGGCAGAGUCGUCUACUUUACAAUGGGCCUGCCCAUUGUGACCACUAUCAUCUUCGUUGGACGCGCAUUAUCGCUUCCGAAUGCUAGCGAGGGUGUCAAACUCCUGUGGACCAACUUCAGAGGCGAGCAGCUCGGAUCUGGCAUUGUAUGGCAAACUGCUGUUGGACAAGUAUUCUUCUCCACCGGUAUUGGUUUCGGGUACUUUACAAGCUACGCGAGUUACAACCAGAAGCAUGCCAACGCUGUUAUGGACGCGAUUCUCAUUUGCAGCAGCAAUGUUCUGUUCGAAAAUUUCGCCGCGUUCGCCAUCUUCGGGGUUGUUGGCUACCUCGAGCUAUGGCCCCAGCCUGACGUCCGGCUUGGUGCGUUCGUCGUUGGCUUCUUGACACUGCCGGAAGCUGUGCUGCAGAUGCCAGGUGCAAAUUUCUGGGCUGUUCUCCUGUUCUUCACCCUGAUCGUUUUGGGUUUCUCCUCGGCAUUCGUCAUGCUGGAUGUCGUGGUAACCUUGAUCUGCGAUUCUGGAAUGGUCAAGGCUUCCCGCUCAGUUGUCGUUACCGUACUCACAGUCCUCUCUUUUCUUAUGUGCUUGCCAUAUUGCACCGAGUUUGGUUACUACCUUCUUGAUGGAGUUGACAGAUGGAUCAACAAUAUUGCCCUUAUUUUCGUGGUCUGGACUGAGGUCACGAGUGCCACUACAGUGUAUCGCUGGCACGACAUUGUGGAUCAGACUGGUAUUGUGUCAUUCAGCUUGUACAACUUCGGCUUCUUUGGUGCUCAAUUUUUCGGUAUAGUCCUCGCGCAUGGCAUCAACAAUCCUGGUGUAGGUGCUGGAGCAGGCAUUGGCUUCUACGUUGUGUUUACUGUGAUUUCUGUGAUCAUUUCACAGACACCUGGCGUUGCAGCACCGUCUUUUUGGAACAAGAAUGUCUUCCUGCGGAGAUUUUGGUUCUUGGCUUUCUAUUCCGGCAAUCAACUUCGCCGCGACCUUAAUGUCAUUGUCGGACAAGGCAAGAACUGGAAGAUUCCUGCUUUUCUUCCAUUCCUACUACGUUAUAUCUCCGGACCGGUACUCGCCAUGAUUUUCAGCUUUGCGUAUCCGGAGUUCCACACCUUACGUUAUGAUCCUAUGUACAUCACAGGCUUCAUUCUGGCAAAUCUGACAAUGGUGGUCAUCAUCGUCGGUUUCACCGUUCCCAGGUACUACGACGCUUUCAUUCCGUACGAACGUCGCGGCGAAGGAACAGAACCAACAUUCGCGAUGGAGACCAAAGGCGAAAUUUCUGGCGCGCCAGUCGGUGACUUGGUCAAGGCUGAGGGUGGGGAGGCUCCUUUGGCAUACGCCUCGUCGCAGGAACACGUAGGCAAAGACGUUGAGCACGACAAGGAGGCACCGUCUUCAUCACGAUAA